UUAAGAUGCCGGUCCCAGGUGGAAUGUAUCAAAAUCAAGGCCCCUCUUGUUUUGACAAAAUGAAAAUGGGAUUCAUGAUAGGAUUCUGUGUUGGCAUGGCGAGUGGGGGUCUUUUUGGCGGUUUUACUGCUCUAAGAUACGGAGCUAGAGGACGUGAACUAGUGCAUUCGGUGGGAAAAGUAAUGCUUCAAGGCGGAGGAACUUUUGGCACAUUCAUGGCUAUCGGAACAGGCAUUCGUUGUUGAUGUAGUAAUAAUGUUGAAAUAUUUUCUUUGUAUAUAAAUUACUUAAUAUUAUUAUGUAGCCUUAACAAAUUAAAAUAAAAUAGUUUAAUCAAUGUGUGUA